AUGUCGAAGCUAGACACCAAAUCGGCGGACCCGACUGAAUACUCUCCUCCCAGGGAGGAUGAGGAAGCUCUCAACUUGCGCGCCGACUGGAGCAGGGAGGAGGAGCGCAAGGCCAAGCGGAAGCUGGACUUGAUCAUCAUGCCCCUUCUGACCCUCGGCUUCUUCUGCUUGCAGCUCGAUCGAGGCAACAUUGCCAACGCCAUCACCGAUGACUUCAUGGAGGAAGUCGGAAUCAACCAAGAUCAGUUCAAUGUCGGCCAGCAGAUGCUCUCUCUCGGCAUCGUGCUCUUCGAGAUUCCCUCCAACAUGAUUCUCUACCGCGUCGGCCCCGGCAAGUGGCUGACCCUCCAGCUCUUCCUCUUCGGCACCGUCAGCACCUUCCAGGCCUUCCAGAACAGCUACGGUUCGUUCAUCGCGACCCGAUUCCUUCUGGGAAUUACCGAGUCGGGCUUCAUCCCCGGUGGUCUCUGGACCCUGUCUACCUGGUAUACCCGCAAGGAGACUGCGAAGCGCGUCAUGUUCUUCUACUUUGGCAACCAAUUCGGUCAAGCCUCCUCAAAGCUGUUGGCAUACGGAAUUCUUCACAUGCGUGGUGUUGACGGACGAGCCGGCUGGUUCUGGCUGUUCACCAUCAUGGGCAUCUUCACCAUUGCCAGUGGCUUUGUCCUCGGAUUUCUCCUUCCCGACUCCUUCAAGAACCCCCGCAGCACUUUCCUUCCACGCGUCUCCUUCUUCACGGAGAGGGAACUGCACAUUCUCCAGACUCGUGUUCUUCUCGAUGAUCCCAUGAAGGGCAAGAAGAAGAAGCGCAUCGGCCUGACGGCGUUUAAGAAGGCUUUCUCAAACUGGCGUCUGUGGAUUCACUUCCUCAUUACCCUCUGCAACAACGGACCUCAGCGUGGCUUCGACACUUAUUCUCCGUCAAUUGUCAAAAGCUUUGGCUUCGGAACCCUGAAGAGCAAUGCAAUGGCAUCCGUUGGUCUCUUCCUUCAGAUCCCAACGUCGUUCGCUUUUAGCUACGUCUCAGAUCGAUACAACAAGCGUGGACCGACCGUCAUUGCUGGACUUAGCAUGCAUCUGCUCGGUUACAUCUUCAACCGCGGUUUCACUGAGAUCAACCUUCGGGGAGUUCGAUACUUUGGUGUUGUCUGGACGCAGACCUUCGGCACUUUUUCUCACCCUCUCAACAUCGCAUGGAUGUCGCUGACCUGCGAGGAUUCCGAGGAACGAGCGUUGGCUAUGGCAAUGGUUAUUAUGGGUGCCAACAUUGCUGGAAUCUACGGCGCCCAGAUCUUCCGAGCUGAUGACAAGCCCCUCUAUCGCCGUGGCUUCAGCAUUGGAAUUGGUGUUCUCACCUUUGGUACUGCUCUGGCCAUUGUCAGAUACAUCGACGAUCGAAUCCGACGCAAGCGCAAUGCUGGUCUUAUCGAUGCUGACGCGUCGAGCGGCCACCAGUCGGAUGAGAAGAGCGACUCCAAGACGGCUGUGCAAAACACAGUCCAGCCUCAGCAGUCGGUUGGUAUCUAG